GAGGCGCGCCUGCCCACCCGCCUGCUUUGCUUGGUGGCGCUUCGCCUUCGCGGGCCCUCCCCGCCUCCUUGGCCGCCCUCCUUCCCUCCCUCCUCUUCUGAGGGGGUGGCGGCCGAGGCUGGAGCGGCGGUGGAGGAAUGAGAGAGCGGAACGCACUUGAACCAGAUGUGGUGGUUUCAGCAAGGCCUGAGUAUUUUGCCUUCGGCCCUAGUCAUUUGGUCAUCUGCUUCCUUUCUGUUUUCCUACAUUACUGCAGUUUUGUUACAUCAUGUUGACCCUUUGGUGCCUUACAUCAGUGAUGCAGGGACAACGCCUCCUGAAAGAUGUUUGUUUGGGAUAAUGUUAAAUGUUGCUGCUCUUUUGGGCAUUGCUACCAUGUAUGUUCGAUACAGACAAGUCAGAGCUUUGAUUCCCGAAGAUCACAAGCUCCUCAGGUUAAACAAAAUGGGUGUUGUUUUAGGAAUGGUUAGCUGCUUUGGGCUUUGCAUCAUUGCAAAUUUCCAGAAAAGCACUAUGUUUUCCAUGCAUGUCAUUGGUGCCUGUAUCACAUUUGGAAUAGGAGCCAUAUACAUCUUGAUUCAGACAAUUCUUUCAUAUAAGAUGCAACCAGGAAUUCAUGGGAAGGGCAUCUUUUGGAUCAGACUGGCAGUUUUGUUGUGGUGUGCCUUAAGUAUAGGCAGUAUGUUUAUUUCUUCAAUGGUUUUAUACAAGUGGGGAAUAGGUUUAAUACAGAAGCUGCACUGGAACCCUCAAGAGAAGGGUUAUGCCUUUCACUUAGCAAGCACAGUCUCUGAGUGGUCUUUGGCUUUCUCUUUCAUCAGCUUUUUCUUCACUUACAUCCGUGACUUCCAGAAAAUCUCUUUACGUGUGGAAGCACUGCUGCAUGGCCAUAACCUGUAUUAUACACACCAGCAACUACUCACAGAUGACCAAGGAAUGCCCAUUUCAUAGGAAGAAAAGAUGACAAGAGUAUGAAUAGGACCCAAAGAUAUCCUUUAAUGGGAGAAAGACUUGUUUCAGCAGUUCUACUGCUUUUUAACUCAAGUAACUAACAGAGAACUGCCUUAUAGCUAUCAACACAGAUUGUGUGCAUUGGAAGAUUAGUACUUCCGUGCAGGCAGUUUAAAAAGUGUCCUUUUGGAUAAGUCACUUUUCUGUACUACAACUCCCAGGCUCUCACAGUCAGCAUGACCACUUGGCAUGCUUUCCCAAACCUUGGAUUUUAUAUUAUUGAAGGAAUGUGACUGAAAUGUGUUAAUUUAUAUAAACAAUGCAAUUCUGAAUAUGAAGUAACACUGGUAAUAGCAUCCUGCAACAUUUCUUUAUAAAUUUUUAUAGACUGAAUAAUAAACGUGCAAAUUAAAGUUUG